CUUCUCCAUUCAUAUGGAUGAUAUGACAAAAUUGUUUGUAAAAAUAGAAUUCCAGCUUAUCAUAAGGAUUCAUUCAAUAACUUCGCAGUCUUUGACGUGCGAUUGAAUUAAUCAAGUAUUUGGAAGCCAGUUGUUGAUCUAUAAUCACGGAACGUCAUUACUCUUAUCGAUGAAAAUUAUCUUAAAACUUUUAUCACAGCAGAUAUAAAAUAUCAAAUUUCAAUGUGCCAAAAUAUUUUAUGAAUAUUGUGGAUUUUGAUCACUGAAUUUCUAGCUUCUGCAAUUCGAUAGAAAUGUCCAAUUUAAGUAAUCAAAGCAGUGCCGGUACUAGUGGCUCUGGUGGCCACUACAAUAGUUCAUUUAAUCCUGAAUUGGAUCUAUUAUUCUCAAAUUUAUCGACAAUCGAUAAUGAACAAUUUUCUUCGCCAUUAUCAUCUGUAUCCUGUCAACAAUUACAACAGUCAUAUAAUCUGAAUGAUAGAAUUAUAACUAAUACCUGUUCUAAUACAAUCGAUCAUCAUCAUCAACAACAACAGCAACAAAAUUCUAAUAUGAAUUUCAACGCCAUACGUGAAGUAUUAUCCAUGCUUAAUGGAUUGAAUGUCGAAAUGAUUAAAAAAAAUCCUAAUGAUCUGUUCAUGUUGCUUAAAUAUCGUAGUGGUAGUAAUCAGAAUUCGAAUUCAACCAAUAACAGUCAUGGUCAAAAUGAUAUCAAUUUAGAUGAUGCAUGCUGUCAAAUGAUUAUCCGCAUUGGUGGAAUUGGGAAAAUUUUGCUAAAAAUUCUCAACUAUCUGAAUUAUUAUACAACGGCAAGCAAAGAAAAUUCUCUGUUUGCUUAUCCAAUGUUCGAUGAUGGUAUUACCGAAUCCAAAACAUUAGGAAAUAUAAAACAAUAUUUUGUCAAUUCUAUUCAUUUACAAAUCAAAGAAUAUCAUUAUCAUUUAUUAAUGAUUGAAAGUCGAUUUCGACAAUUACGAAUACAUUAUUCAUUUGCAUUAAGGCGAAUAAUGUUAUGGUCAACACAAUGGUUGGAAAAAUUUCUGUUCAUUAUUGAUCUGUUGAAAAAAUGUAUCGAUUAUAAAGGCAUUGCAUUAUUAAAUCAGAUCUAUGAUCAUUCAAGAAAUGGUGAUCAUAAUGUACAAAAAAUGGCCCGUUCAAUUCUACAUCAAUCACUUAAGCCAUUCAUUUUCAAUAUGUUUGAUUGGCUUCUUUACGGAGAAAUUAAUUCAGAAAAAAUUGGUCAAGAUUUUUUUAUCCGUGUCAAAGAUAAAUCAAAUAUUUUGGCACAAUUUCCAAAACCAAAUAGAAAAUCAAAAAAAUCUAACGAAUCGAAUGAUGAUAAAAAGUCCGAAAUGUUUGAAUGGAAAUCCUAUGAACUUAAUAUGGCUAUGUUACCAUCUUUUAUGUGUCAAAGACAGAUAAAGAAAAUUUUUUUCAUUGGAAACGCCAUACGUUUGUUACGAUAUACAAUCAAAGAUGAAUAUGAUCAGAAAAUGGUCAAUGAAAUUUUUUCUUCAUCACAGAUUCAAAUCAAUUAUGAUAUAAUCAGAAAAUUUUUAUAUAAAAAUAUUGAAACAAUCAGUGAAUGUGAUCGUUUCUUUUUCGAACACGGUCUUGUCGAAGAUUUUGACUUGCUACUUGAAUCCUAUUAUGAUGUAAUCAAUGAUGAAAUGUUCAAAGUAUUACAGAUGAACAAAAUCAAAGCCGAAUUCGAGUUAUUAUUAGCUUAUGUAUUGAUACAACGUGGAGAUUUUUACGAAAGUUUAAUCGAUUAUCUUCUACCAUUGUUUCGAAAACCAGCCACUGAAGUGAUUAACACAAUUGCCAAUGGAAAUUCGACCAGUAAUCUACACCGUAUAUUCAACAUGUUCAUGAUCAAUUCAAAAUUGAUCGAUAUGCAUAAAGUAUACAAGAUAGAUUCAUUGCUUUAUAAUAAUUUUGAAUUGAAUGAAAAUCUAGUGUUUACAUUUACGAAAAAUGUACAAAUGAUUUCACAUCAUCUUGGCUGGGAUUGUUUUAUUGUACGUUAUACGUUCAGUAAGAAUGUCUACCGUGUCAUGUUCGAUGCUCAACUGAUUCGUUAUGAACGUCUUUUUCGUCAACUAUUCUACUAUAAACGAGUUCUGUAUUCUAUACGAAAAGCUCAACAUCAGAUUAUAUUCUAUCGUCGUGAUUAUCGACCUAAACAUCCUAGUCGAACACGACCAGAAUCACAAAAUGUUCGAUCGUUACCGGCUGAUAUGUUAAAAGUUAUCGUACACAUGUUGAAUACGUUACAUUUUCUUUUCUUUCAUAUGUUUGGAUUUUCAUCAAGAAUGUAUCGAUAUUUUGGCCAACAAAUUGGCACACUAUGGUCAACAAUGUUCGAGGUGAAAUUUGGUGAACCGCAGAAAAAUGUAGAAAAAUUUGUUUAUGCACAUGAGAAAUUUCUUCGUUCGAUAGAACGUGUGAUAUUUUUUGAUGAUAACAUUGAGCUACUCACUGCAUACGCAGCAUUGAAUGAUUCGAUUAUUGAUUUUUGUGAAUCAUUCUGUGAAACAGAAUUCUUUCCUACCAUUGUUCGAAUGAUGGCCGAUGAUGGCUAUCAAAAUCAAAAAAAACAAGAUCAAAAUCUGUCGAACAAAUCUAAGCCACGAAAUUAUCAACAACAACAACUUUUACAACUGCAAGGUCUUUCCGAACAAUUGUUUAAACUUCAAUUCAAAAUUACCGUAAACAUAUCGAAAUAUCGUUGCUGCAUGCGAAAAUUCAUACAACUUUUACAACAAUCACAAUCAUCGCCAUCAUCAUCAUCCAAAUGGGCUAGCCAUUUUGAAUUCAAAUACGAUCUGCUCACAUAUCAACCAUGUUUGGAUGGUUUGUUUCGUCUGUUUUCAUUCGUGCGACGCCAUAAUCCUAUACCCGAAACAUAUGGCGAUGAUGAUGUUGAGGAUUUAAGCUUAGAAUUUUAAAGUGCCAAAAUGUAUUUUUUUUAAUUUGAUUACGAAUUUUUUGAAAAUAAAAUUGCUACAUUAUUAAAAGCAUUAAUGAUGUU